ACAUGCACGGUCCUCUAUUUGGCAUUGUAAAGCAAAUCACAUAUGUUAAUACAUCCGGAGAGGAAUUAAUGUGCUGGCCGUUUUGAUUGUUCGUAAUCCUUGGGUCUUAGGUCCCUCAACUUCAUCUCUGGCCAUCUUAAUAUAAAUUGCACUUUUUAACUCGACCAAUGGGCGAUAGUUGCUGGUCUAGUGACAAAUGAACAAAUUUUGCUGUCUGUAACUGUGGUAAACUGCAUAUACAAGCUUUGUACAAUGAAACAACCAACUCAUAUGUGAAUUAAACCAUCUGAAUAUUGCUGGUAUGUUCUUGUAUGAUACUUGCAAGACUGUUGGUAGCGCUCCAGCGGAGCCAUCGUGAGCCCAAGAAAGCUCCGUGUGAAAAGUAGCUUCACGCCCGUGUUGCCCAUGCCAGAAAUGGAUGGGGUCGGGCUCCACAGUUAACAGCGGUCCAGCUCCAGAAAACUUAAAGCAGUCGAAAUUUUUUCCCCGCCCAUUGCGCCCAAAUUCACCAGAAAGGGGAAGCCGCGAAGGGGCGAAGCGGCAAGGCCGCAAGGUCCAAAGGCCGAAGGGCGGCGGGCGGCAGAACGCGGUGACCUUUGUCCCGGACUCCUGGCACCGCCCUUGUACUCCUCCUCUCUUCGUCGUCUCUCCCCUUUUGUUGUUUCUCUGUGGGCGCUCAUUGAGAUUCCAUUUCUGAAGGCAGGUUAUUAUUCUUAUCUUGAUGUGUCUGGGAGGGCAGUCGAAAAAGCAUAAUUUAGUCCCAGAGCAUAAUGUUCUGUUCCAGGUGCGAUUAGUGUGGAUUAAACGACAUCUUUAGUUAUAGACAAUGGUUAUAUAGAGCAUUUAACUCUACAAAUUGUCAUGGUCUUACAAUCUAGGGGUUGUACUGGUGUUGAUGUAGCUUAAGAUGCUGAAAAUGAGGACCUUGGAUCAUAUAAACUUGGACCUAGUUAAUGCAGGGAAAGUAAAAGCUUGAGUUGCGCUUUUCUGCCUGAUUUGGAGUCGGCAUUAUAAAUAACAAAGACCUACAAUAUUUGUAAUGGUCAUUAAACUUUGGCAACUUGCCUUUUGUGCAUGUCUACUACAAAUUCAACCCUGUUUUCAUGCCUGUUGAGCCAUUCAUGCUUGCAGUUCCAUAUGCCCCAAAUGGUGGUGAACCGCAUCAAGGGUGACGUCUGGACGUGUGUUUCCUACUUCUUUUUGUCUUUAGAGUUACACCAUGAGUGUAGCUCGUCUUCUUCAUAUCUUUGGCAACUCUAAAUGCGUUGCUUCAGUGAAGAUGAUCCAUGGCAAGUUAGUCUCUUCUGGACUCCUGCCUAAUGUAUAUAAUGGCAAUCAUUUGAUUGGCAUGUACGUGGAUUGCCACAGCUUGGAGGAAGCUUACCAAGUGUUUGUUGAAAUGCCUGAACGGAAUUUGGUCUCUUGGACCCGACUGGUUUUUUGUUACACGGAGAAAGGGUUUCCUGGAACUGCGCUGGAAUUGUUUCGGUGCAUGGUUGAAGAAGGGUUUAAACCAAAUGAGUUCUCUUAUGUGGCAGGUAUUUUGGCUUGCACGGUUCUAGGUAACUUACGGAUGGGUAAGGAAAUCCAUGCAAAGAUUUUUCGAUGUGGGUACGAAACCAAUAUGUUUGUGACCAAUACAUUGAUUAACCUAUAUGCGAAGUGCUGCCUCUUGUUGUUUGCUCGUCGAGUCUUCAAUUCGAUUGCUUGGCCGAAUUUGGUUUCUUGGACUUCCUUAGUUGCAGGUUAUGCUCAGUGCGGGCAGAGCAGGGAAGCUCUGUACAUUUUUCGUGAUUCUCAGCAAGCUGGUAUCAAGGUGAACCCACAUUCUUCUGCUAUUGUUUUGGGUGCUUGUGCAAGUAUAAGUGGUCUGUUUUGUGGUCAGCAAAUUCAUGCUCAUGUCAUCAAGUGUGGGAUCGAGCUAGACUCGUUUGUGGAAAACGCAGUCAUCGAUAUGUAUGCUAAAUGCGGUGAAUUGGAUUCUGCACAUCGCGCCUUUAAAGUGGUUGUUGAGCCAAGUGUAGUUUCAUGGACAACGCAUAUUGCAGGUUAUGCCCAGAAGGGAGAGGAGCAGAUAGCGUUGAAUCUUUUUGCUGAACUUCACGCCUCUGGUCCACAACCAAACGAGUAUACGCUUUCUUGUGUUCUUGGUGCUUGUGGCUCCAUCGUGGCAUUGGAACAAGGCAGACAACUGCAUUCUCUAGUUCUAAAAACGGGCUAUAAACAAAUUAUAUUUGUAGGAAAUGCAAUGCUUGAUAUGUAUUGCAAAUGUGGGCUUCAUGAAGACUCCCUUAAAGUUUUUGAGGAGAUGAUCGAACACGAUGUUGUGUCAUGGAAUACUUUGAUUGCUGGACAUGCACACUUGAGCUAUGGCUGGAAUGCAAUCAAACUUUUUAAGCAGAUGAUGAAUGAAGAUGUACAACCCACAGUGUUCACAUAUUCAUGUAUAUUGAGUUUGUGUGGUAAUCUUCCGGCCCCGGAAUGGGGUAGGCAGAUCCACUGCUACAUAAUCAAACCAGGAUUUAAUGCCAAUCUAUUUGUUGGGAAUUCUCUUGUCGACAUGUAUGCAAACAGUGGGAGGAUAAGAGAUGCUGUCAACGUCUUCAAUGGCUUGCCAAUGAGAAACUUGGUCACUUGGAACACCAUACUUAUGGGAUAUGCGCAGCAUGGUUUCGGGAGGGAAGCUCUUGAGAUCUUUGGUCUGAUGCAGGAAGCUGGACUGGAGCCAAAUGAUAUUACUUUCCUUGGGGUUCUUACCGCUUGUGGUCGUGCUGGCCUUGUAGAAGAAGGUUGUUCUUAUUUUGAAUCUAUGUCCAGAGACCAUGGAAUUGUCCCAAGAGCUGAUCAUCACGCUUGCGUGGUUGAUCUCCUUGGAAGAGCGGGGCAGCUACUAAGGGCUUAUGAAUUCAUAAUGAAUAUGCCUUCUGAACCAGACAAAGUGAUCUGGAGGUGUUUGUUGUCUGCCUGUGUGUCUCAUAAGGACAUUAUACUUGGAAAGUUUGCUGCUGAGCACAUCAUAAAGGCCGAUCCUCAAGAUAUCUCAGCAUAUGUGAUGCUUGCUAAUAUUUUUAGCGAUCAUGAGAUGUGGGAAGAAGCAGCAAAAGUCAGAUGGAUGACCAGGGAAACAGGAAUGAAGAAAGAUCCAGGGUGCAGUUGGAUUGAACUAAAUAACGAGGUUCAUGCUUUCAUCAGUGAAGAUCGAGCGCACUUGGAUAAUGAUGCUAUUUACGAUGUCCUGUACGGAAUAGCAGCUCACAUAUCAGAUGCUGGUUAUGUCCCUGAUAUGGGUUAUGUCUGUGUCGAUGGAGUAGUAUGAAUUUCUUUGUCCUUCACCCUGCGAAGGUGCGGCUGAAGCAUCAUCUUUUUGAGGACCUGAUGAACUUUCGUGAGAUUUGGUUGACUCGGAUAGUCUUCCUUUUGAACUUGCUUAUUGCUUUUCGAUCUCUGGAAGCUGGUGCUAUAAUGGUCUGGUGGUUUUGUGGUGAAACAAGAGAUGGACAAGCUUUGGGGAUGAAUUGCAUGACUCCCAAACUAGGUAGCCUUUUUACUAAUCUUAGUCGAGGGUGACCCCAAUGCUGUGACACCAUGUGACCAGCCCCUAGCGCAUGAAUAAAUGAAAAGGGGAUACCUCAAAAAGGCCAAAACACCUAUCCCUUUUUCUCCUGCCCCAGGGUACAAAGCUGCCUUGAAAUCUGAAUGGGGAGGAGAACACUUAUCAAGUAGAGUAUUCUGCAUCUAAUAUUUAUAGCAUCUAAUAUUUAUAGUUUAGAGGAGUGUUGCCCAUGAGAAUCAAGCCACCAGCCCCCUAGUCCGACUAGCUACACUACGUUUCUCUAGGUAACAAGAGGAUAAAGGGGAAGAUCUCUUGACUGCUGAGUCGAUCCACCAUUCUUUGUCCCAUCAGCUGGCCUUCCCUUGCGUGCCUCAUGUUGCUCUCACCUCUCCCCCAUCAGUUGCUCCUAGUCUCGCCUUUGGCAAACCCCUCCAAAUGCUAGUCAUUCACUUUUAACUAUUGGUGGCAGAUUCAUAUCGUCUGCCACCUUUAUGGAGUACCUCAAAGGUGACAUCUAUCUUUUAGUUGAGCAGGAGAAGUAUUUCAUUCUAUGCUUGACUAAGAGCUUAAGAGCUUAAGUCUCCCAUUGUUUCCUCAUUCCUUCAGGAUACGAGGUUUGCUUUUGAUAUUUUGGGAUGAUGGCCCAACUUACAUCUGCCUUGCUCUGGGAAUUGGUGGCAGGUUGCAGCCAGCAGCAGACUAGCUUUGUUUUGUACCGGGUCUUUGGCAACAAUACUUGAUUUUAAGUGUUGUCAUCGGCCCUUUUUGUUUAGUUUGGUUUCUCUUUCUUGUAAGGCCUAUUCUCCAUUAAAGGUUCUAUCUAACACCAUGUUGGGGCUUCUGCUCAUUUGGGUUGCACCUAGUAACGUCGAAAUCUUUUUAUGCUC